AUGGAUACCUUGAGUCUGUCGGUGAACGCCGUCUCCUACACGGUGGCGGCAGAAAUCCCCCCCACGGACGACCCGUUCACCGGACCCAUCAAGGACGUGGAGCCGUGGAACUUCACCAUCCUGGCCGUCCUCAUGUUUGUCAUCACGUCGCUGUCUCUGACCGAAAACUUCCUGGUUAUGUUCGUUACUUUCAAGUUCAAGCAGCUGAGGCAACCCCUCAACUACAUCAUCGUGAACCUGGCCAUCGCAGACUUCCUGGUCUCCCUCACCGGUGGAGUAAUAAGUUUCCUGACAAACGCCAGAGGUUACUUCUUCCUCGGGAGGUGGGCUUGCACCCUGGAGGGCUUUGCUGUUACUUUUUUCGGGAUCGUGGCUCUCUGGUCCCUGGCCGUUCUCUCCUUCGAGCGGUUUUUCGUGAUCUGCCGCCCGCUGGGGAACGUGCGACUGCAGGCCAAGCACGCCGUCCUGGGGCUGCUGUUCGUGUGGACCUUCUCCUUCAUCUGGACCUUCCCUCCCGUGCUCGGCUGGAACCGAUACACUGUGAGCAAGAUCGGAACCACCUGCGAGCCCGACUGGUAUUCGAGGAACGUGACGGAUCACAGCUACAUCAUCACCUUCUUCACCACCUGCUUCAUUUUUCCCCUCGGGGUGAUUUUCUUCUGCUACGGGAAGCUGCUCCGGAAGCUCAAGAAGGUAUCCAAUGGUCGCCUGGCCACUGCCAGGAAGCCUGAGCGACAGGUGACCCGUAUGGUGGUGGUGAUGAUUGUGGCCUUCAUGGUUGGCUGGACGCCGUACGCUGCCUUCUCCAUCCUGGUCACGGCUCACCCGACUAUUGAGCUGGAUCCCCGGCUGGCCUCCAUCCCAGCCUUCUUCUCCAAGACAGCUGCUGUCUACAACCCCAUCAUCUAUGUCUUCAUGAACAAACAGUUCAGGAAGUGUGUGAUCCAGCACUUCACCGGCUUGGGGAGCAUGCCAGAGAGCAACCUGAAUCAAACCUCAGAGCGGCCUGGAAUCACUGCCGAGAGCCAGACUGGAGAAAUGUCUGCCAUCGCUGCCCGCAUCCCUGUGGGCGGGACCACAUCGCCCAGAUGUGACGACUCUCCAACUGAUGGCGGCUUAUAUGCUCAGCUCCCCAUCCCGGAGAACAAAGUGUGCCCAAUGUAACAGUAGACCUUAGCUCAGUCGAUGUUCUGUUUCCCCAAGAGUUCUUAUUAGCCUUCUGUGUUCUAGCAACAGUGUGUCUCAGAAAGACUUUGGACCUCCGUACAGGGAUGAAACGGUUUGAUGACUGGAAGGUGGAAG